CGCAGCGCGAUUGAGCAUGCGCAGACUUUCGCUGCGCCCUGAAAGGUGAAACAGAAGGAAGGGCAGCGCUGUCUCCUCUGGAAGGUCUUGGCGUUGUUUUUACAAGCCGUCUUCGCUGUGUGAGGGGAAGUUAUCAACCAUGUCAUCUGCUUUAUUGGCCAAACCGCAGAUGAGAGGCCUGUUGGCCAGCCGUCUUAAAAAACAUCUUGUAGUACUGUCUAUCCUUUCUCUUGGAAUUAUAGUUGGAUUCAAGUUUGGUGUAUCUGAACCCAGGAAGCGAGCAUAUGCAGAAUUCUAUAAGAACUAUGAUUUCGCAAAGGAAUUUGAGGCCAUGAGAGAAGCAGGCAUAUUUCAAAGUGCACCACCCAAAGGUUCAUAAGCCAGCAUCUCCAGAUCCACUUCUUUAGCAACCUGAAACGGAACAUUGCUGUUUCUGUGAGCUCAGCCUUUGGGUCACUUCAGUGCUGGUCAUACGAUGAUCUUGCCUAUUAAAUGAAGUACU